GCGACAGAGAGAGAGAGAGAGAAACAAGAAAGAGGAGGCUAGGUUGUCGGUAGUAAAGUUUGGAUAUCGGCUGUGAAGAGGGUUCGGUUGGCAUGUGCAUACAUGCUUUAUGAAUUAAAUACAAACGCGAAAAAACAGGUGACGAAGAAAAAGAAAACUAAAGUUCGCUCGUGCUCGUUUCGUUUGGAACGAGAGUGUGACAGUGGUGUUAUGUUGAUAAGAAAACGAUAGUAAUAACAAUAAAAAUAAUAGUAACAAUAAACUGUCAGGCAGUAUGUCAAAGUAAUAGGUACGGCCGAAUAAUAUUACGGUGACUUCGCGAGGGGCGCGGCGAGGAGGGCGCGGGUGAAAAACCUUCCGCGUGUGCGUGUCAUUGGUGUUGUGCAGUUUCUGAUACUUAUGGUUGGCGUUCUUUGCGUUGAAACUCGUGUGAUUUAAUUUCAUUGCGAACUUCACAUUCCAAGGAAGGAAAGGAAGGAAGGGCUCACCAACCUGAAGUAGGCAGAAGGAAAAUUAACUCUGCGGUGUUUACUGCGCGCGACAAAGUAUACGAGGUUGUCGUUGUACCCGCGAUUUUGGCCCGAUGUACUUUCCAUCGGCAAAGAUCGCUUUCGAAGAAAAAAGGAAUGGCUAGCCUCUCGGUAGCCCCAUCAAGCAAGAACAGCUCCCGAAGCACUUCGCCAAGUCGAAGCACUACUCAAGCACAGCGUCACCAUCUUCCGGUCACCCUGGAUCCUGUUACAAAGUCUCGAAAUGUCGCUGCACAUCAUUCGGGAGAAGGAAGCACAGGCAGUGGCAGUAGUGGCGGUGGUGGAGGCAUGAAAGGCAGCAGCCGGCAGAGGUCACCCGGUGCGGUUGCACGGUCGGGAGACGGUGCCGAUGAUCCUGGGACAACUGGAACUAUAGCUGAUCUAGAAGAUUUUGUAUCGAAUAUUAAUCCGCCAACAGACGACGAAGGGGAGGCCUACCAUGCCACACAGUCCUUCCUUUCAAACGGAUCGUCGGAGUUAAUCGGCGAUGAUGUUGACUCUAACGGCGCCCGUGGCCGUCAAGCCAUGGAGCAUUUGCAAAACAAAAUUGUAAGAACCAGAGAGUUAAUACGAAUAGAACAAACGACUCGAGACGACAAUGUAAACGAGUAUUUAAAAUUAGCUGCCAAUGCUGACAAGCAGCAGCUGACGAGAAUCAAGGCUGUAUUUGAGAAGAAAAAUCAAAAAUCGGCGCAUAGUAUAUCGCAGCUGCAAAAGAAGUUGGAGAGUUAUACAAAGAAGUUGAAAGAUUACGAAGUUCAUGGCGCUCCGACCAGUCACAGGCAGCCUAGAGAAGUUCUUCGUGAUAUGGGACAGGGGCUUAAAAAUGUGGGUGGUAAUAUUAGAGAUGGAAUCACUGGUUUUUCAGGGAGCGUCAUGUCCAAGCCUCGAGAGUUUGCACAUCUUAUAAAAAACAAGUUCGGCAGUGCGGACAACAUAAACACAUUAUCACUUGAAACUAAUGGCUCAACUUUUUAUGUAAACGAUACACCACGUGCAGGUAACGAUGACAACGGUAGCGUUGAAGAAGAGAAGACGCACCAUGGUUCGGCAACACUUCCUGGCGGAUGCAGCCUGGGUUCGACGCAUAGUGCUGCUGCUAUUAAAUUCCCAUCCGAAGAAGGCUCGGAGUGUUCUAGCGUUACCAGCGAAAGCGCUCCCGGCAGCAGAGGGCAGCCCCAUGCUUGCCACAGCAACAGUGCUGCUUUCAGCCUCAAGCCGAUUUUCUCGGAACUUCAGGAAAACAGAGAAAAUUACGAUAGGCUGCGAGAAAAACUCGAAGGAUUCAAGGUUCUUCAGCAAGAAGUGGCAUAUCUCUCGCAUGCACUUCAAGAGGAACGCUUCAGAUGUGAGCGUCUGGAAGAACAAGUUAAUGACCUCACUGAGCUUCAUCAGAACGAGAUUGAGAACUUAAAACAAACAAUAACUGAUAUGGAAGAAAAGGUUCAGUAUCAGAGCGAAGACCGGUUGCGGGAUAUUCACGAGAUGUUGGAAAGUUGUCAGACGAAAAUUUGGAAGAUGGAACACCAGCAACAACAGCACCAACAGUACGUCACACUCGAGGGGCUUGACAACAGCAAUGCACGAGCCUUGGUUGUCAAAUUGAUAAACGUUGUUCUUACAGUCCUACAAGUUGUCUUACUUCUUGUUGCAACAGGUGCUGGCAUAAUGAUGCCAUUCCUGAGGACCAGCUGUACUAAGCCUCAUUGUUUCAUGUGCAGGGUGCGCAUACUGACUACGACGCUCGUCGUCCUCGGAAUUGUAUUCGUACUAAAGCAGUGGCCAGAAGUCCACGAUGUUGGUAGUCAUCUAAUGCGACGCCUCAAACAAACCUUAGCAGUAAAGUAGCAUUGGUUACACGCUCAAUAUAAAUCACCAGCACCCUCCACUGCUGAAUUGAAGAAGGAACACGUACCUCGCUCUACUUCACGUCGGUAAAUGCCUAUUUUUGCUGGCCUAUUCUCCAAGCAAUAAAAAUGGUGCCGAGAGACGUGCGACGCUGUUGCGUCAUAUCAUGAAAUUCAAUUGCACAUUGAGAUCAAUGAUUUCAACUUCUGUCCACAGGAUCUUUGAUCGUAUCGAUGAAAAAAAAAAUUGAAUCAAAUGUAUGUGUAGAGUGCCUCAUCCUCAUGACACAAAUGAUUCGAUGAAACGUGAUAGACUAUGGUGCGACGCUACUGACAGCAAAUUUUUUGGCACUGUCUCGGUUUAGUUAAUUAUUGUUAUUAUCACUUGUAGGAGCUUUAUUUGUUUAUGCGGGUUGGGUGUAAUAUUGAUAAUUUGUACAAUAUGGUUGUAGGUGAUCGCAAGUGAAGUGAAUUCUCCCAACUCGAGGAAUACCGAAUGUUUUCAAAGAUUCUAAUUCGAAAUUCGAAUGAGAAUAUAGAUUACAAAAUGGAAUGUUUACGGUAAUAGCUAAAGCUGAUUCGUUAAAUAAAUAACUAUCUUUUCAAGAAUCGGUACUGUUUGUAUGAAACAAUUCACUGGCUUAUCAUUUUUCAGUUAACUGCAUGCCUUAAGUUAUACAAACACGUCAAUAAUUUUCAUUCCCUUAGAACAUAGUUCAUUUACUAUUGAUUGAAGUUUCAAUUACCUACAUUUACGAUGCAUUAUAGUGAUAACUACGAUUACAGACGAAAGCAGUUCAAAAAUAAAAUUCCGUUUUUUUCUGCAUUGUUUUAAUCUUCAAUACCACGGUACGAGUUCAUUAUGAAAAAUCUAUUUGAUAAAUCUUGAAAUGAUAUCACGAAGUAAAACAAUCUCUUGUGAAUCAAUUGAUUGAGAUAGAUAUCUAUCAACACAUACACUAUUUACCUUCGCAGCAAUAUCAACGACUUUUGUAAAUUGAAGAGGAUAAUUAAAAAAACUGUAAGUACCAAUCAACACAAAAAUGAAACUUACAGCCUUUUUUAAGUUUCACCUUCAAUUUUACGCUACUGUUGCAUACUAGUAUUCACUGUCUGUUAUUAUUAGACGGUUAAGUUUGGGUAAAAAUAUUAUUCAUGUUGUAGAAAAUUAAGACUAUUGACUGUAAUACUUUGACAUAAACUUAGGUAUAGGAGGAAAGUUACAGGAAAGCAGUGUUUGCCGCCGGUAUGUUAUAUUAAAUUCAAUUAUCCUUAGGAUAUUUUAAUGCCGUCGUCGUGAUACGCGGUCCGAUUUAAUCUGCGUUGAUUUAUCAUUUUACGUAUUCGGUGUCACAAAGUAGUUUGUAGAUAUAUGUAUAAUCUAGCAUGAGCAACACUGCUAUCUGGAGCUUUUUAUGUAGGUAUGCAAGAGGCAAAUGUCGCCGUAGAUAGAGGUUUUCUUAAAAUACGCGUGUAUUAGGUAUACGACUGAGUACUAAAAGGAAAUGAACCAUGACAGAUAAGUGAAAUGAGAGAAAGACUGAAGGGCUAAUUUGUUGCGUUACCGAUUAUAUACCCCGCGGUUGGUUCGAGUAACGUAUUUAAGUUCAUUUGUGUUGCCUUGUAUGCGUUAUUGCUGCGUUGUUGCGUCACAAUUAUAACAUAACAUGUUCCAGUAAAUAUUGAUCAAGAUCUUCAACAAAAAGAUUACCAACACUGUGGCCAGUGUAUAAAGCAUUCGUAAUUUAUUUUCCACGUCGUAGUUUUAAAUAAUUGCAAUACCCCGUGUAGUGUUUACUAUUUUAAUAUGAAUAUAUGACACUUUUAAGUCAGUAAUGACAACGUGAGAAUAUUUAUGUUUCUGGACCAAAAAACGAUCAUAUACAUAUGAUAUCAAGACUUGCACGUUUCAUAUAUCCAGUAAGGAUGGCGAAAAGCCAUGGCAGAAUAUUAUUCUACAUCAAAUUUCGUAAUUUCGCAUUACCCAUUACAUCACGCAAAACUAAUCAGAAGCGGAAGUCGUAAAUUGUAGUGUGAUUAGGUAUGCGCACUUUGCACCAUUGGACGAGACUAUGUGCACUCGUUGUAUCGAUGUAGUUCGGUAGUGUUAGUAAAAAUUUUUAGUCAAUGUUUAGGGGCCGCAGGUGUUGUUCAACACUUCAACGGAAAUCAUUGGAAAUUGCAAAGAUUUUUUGGCCUGUAUAUUUUUAACAACAGUAAUCAUAAUCCAAACAUCAAUCCCUGGAUUGUCACUUUGGAUUACAUUAAUGCCGUAGUGAGUGAUAUUAACUCAACUCAAGUCCACAAUUUAUGUUAUGUACAGGCAACAUUACUUGUUAACGCUAAAGUGAAAAUCAGAAUUGCGCUGCUGGACGCUGAAAGCUCCUAACCAGACAUGAUGUUCACUUCAUUACCGUGUUGCACAAAUGAUAUACAUAUAAUAAUAUGCAUGUGGAACAUGUAUACACAUACAUACACGCGACAUAAAUGUAUGGUCAAUGAAAAAAGAAAAAAAAAAGCAUUGUACAAAGCAUCGCAUUGCCUAAAGAUAAUGUAGAUAAGUAUGACCA